AUGUACUUGCCCGACGAGGCAGUCGCGCCCAUUAUUCGCUCAUGUCGGGCAUUGCGAGAGCUGACGAUUGAGCCUCGCCGUUCCGAUGACGAGGUCGGUCCCAGGUCCAGCGAUUGGAAGAAGCCAGUCCCGGGUUGGGCAGCCGUUUUGCAACAUGCCGAUACCUUGAGAGCGCUGCACAUCGAGGCUGCCCCGCCGCUGAGUGUCUUUCACAAGCUUGGAAGGGUCACCCUGCUCGAGAUAGCCCUGGGUACGGGGGCCAAGUGUGCUUUGCGAAGUUUGCCACCAUCUUUGCGCGCCCUGUGCGUAGUGAGCAUCAGACCCGACAUUUACCUAUACCCCAAGCCUGCCGUGAACAUGAAGGACUGGCGAUGGCUGGCCAGCGAGGUCAAGCGGGGAGCGUUUCCCAACUUUGAGGAACUGGCCCUCGAUCACUUUGAGUGUGGUCACAUGUACGCCUGCACUUACAAGCUACGCGGCAAAAUUGACAUGGACGUGUUGAAGAAGAGCAAGACGACAUGGUUCAACAUGGAUCUUGUCACGUCGUGCAAGACGGCGGACCGCAUGCGGACUUUGCUGGCCAUGUUUCUGAAGCUGGGUGUCUCUUGCAGGCUCAUGAACUAUGAUGAGGUUUUGGAACAAGCGAGGGAGAAGAAGAGAAGUGAUGACGAGUACAUGAGUGAGCAUUGCAGAUAUCGGAUGGAGGAAGAAGGCUGGCUGGAUGAGGAUGCAAAGGCUUGGAAGGCAUUCAAGAAAGAUGACAUCAGCAGCAGUAGUGACGACAGCAGCGACGAGGACGACAGCAACGACGAAGACGAUGACCAAAGCGGUCAUGAGCUUGAGGACGAAAGCGAUGGCAGUGGUUUCGACUCCGAAUCGGAUGACUAUGUCGGGUACGGAAACUACAGCCGGGAUCGACAGAAUUUUGCCUCGUCCCUUGCUAUGAUGAGAAACGGUGGAUACUUCGGAAUGGGGUAG